UUAGAUACAGAAUUUUUCCAAUCACCUUUACGUGCGGUCGCAAAAUCUUUUCUAAAAUUCGAAUAACCUUUUAUAGCUUGCUUUAAUAAAGAAAAAUUGUAAAUUUAAAGCAUUAACAUUCGGUUUAUUACUUCGAGUGGUCAUAUUAGUCUCUCGCCGAGUAACUACAGGCGCGCGGAAGAAAAUCCACCUCUUAGUAUUUUUCGCUUUGAAAGUCGCUGGUGUGUGCGCCAGGAAGCAGCCGCGAACUAGCGCCUGCGCCACGUCCUCCUACACGGAAGUGCAGCAGCCCCACCAUCGCAAGUACCACCCCAGUUUCGAUUAUCGCCCAUCGUCACCAUCCAUCAUCAAAGAGCCGCCGAAAUCACCGCCAAACCCUCCACUAUCGCCAAAUCCCCAUCAUCGCCGGUGUCAACGGCCAACAGCAACGAAUCGCCGCAUCCUCACCAGCCUGCAAUCGCCCACCAGCCCUCCGUCUGUCCACGUCCGGAGUUCAGCACCCAAAAGAAGAGCCGGCCCCCCUUACUAUUGGUCCUUCGGCGCCAACAAAGAGCCGCACCGGUGGAAUAAAAAUCCAUAACAUCAAAGUACAAGUAUCCCCAGCAAAACCAUGGAUACUUGCAGCAGCAGUGGCACUCCGAAACCAGUACCUCGAACAUCGCUACAGCCUAAGCAACCGCAGCGGUCCGACGUAGGCAUGACGACUGACACAACGCCAGCGGCGCAGCCAGAAGAGGAAACCACCGAUUUCAAUCGAUGCCGUCUGUGCGCACGACAUCACGCGUUGCGGGUAUGCCAAGUGUUUCGCGCAAUGCAGCCGACCCAACGUUAUCUGGUCGCAUGUGCACACAAAUUUUGCACCAACUGCCUCGCCUUAUCGCAUCACAGCAAGGACUGUCCCUCCGCUGGAAUCUGCAGGCUAUGUGGUCAGCGUCACCAUUCCCUACUUCACCGGAAGACGGCACUUAGCAAAAACUCUCUGCAACACCACGCUCCAGCAUCGCGCAAAAGGCCUUCCGCACAUCGUCCCCACCGUCUACGCCGUACUGCACUCAGCUCUCACAAGCACAAGCACCCGCAUAUGAGGCAAAGAGCGAAGAAAAUCAAUACCACCACCCAGGGAAUCCGCAUCACCAAGGCGAAUGGAAAGCUGUCCAGGAAAUUGCUCCGAAAUGCAAUACGUAAACUGCGGGAGCUAGAGAACAGUAUAGUCGCUUAGCGCGCCUAGGUGCGGGAGAAUAGUUAAACGAGAAACGUCUGUCGUUUAACAC